AUGGACUCUAUUCGCCCAUUUCUGGACUGGCACACCACCUUUCAGUACUUGAAAGAGCCUCCGCAGGAGUUUGCAGAGAAGGUUCAGCCACCGUACGAUUUCUUUGCGGCAUUUGAGGCUAUUUACAGCACUGUCCGCGCAGGUGGCUAUUCGAGCGAGUUCGCUUUUGGCAAUGAUGUCUACAGAUGCUUCACAAACGCCCACGACAAUCAUCUCAGUAUUGGCCCGGACAGUCUUGGGAUCUUUGCAUUUGGACGUAGCACUCCGCUGGUAUCUGUCUCGCUCGACGGAAUGAGCAUACCCAAAGUCUACGUGUACUCGGACAUCCUGGAAACCACUGUAGGCAAAGCCUCCUUCGCACCGAGUCCGGUGGCCCUCAUCGAUGGUCGCGACAGCACUGAGUUCCUGCUCGAGUGGUCUGAUAUCAGCAGCCCGCUUCAGGACCGCGACGCCCGUUGGAACGACAUGUUCCAUGUGCUCGCACAAGUUUCUUUGGGAAUCAAUGGCGAUAGGACUGGGACGUUCAGUGGCGGUGGCCGGGGUCGAUACGUCUAUCCAGGCCCAAGUACCACCUUGACGUUCGCGAACGGUUCUUCAGUCACCAGCGAAAACUAUGCUCGAACUCUGGCGCCAUUUGACGAUUUCCAUAGCGGUCCCGACAUCUACAAGUUCUGGUUGACAGUGGAUGCGUUCAAGAUCAAAACCGCGGAGCAGAUGGGUAUCGACUUGCUUGAGGAGAUGUCUGCGAAUUCGUCAACGACUCCUGCUCCUCCCGCGCCAAAUACAGCUCCCGACCCAUUUGCAAAUCCACCAGCGCCAGGAUAUCCCGAUCCAGUCAUUCGCGGACCUAACAACUAUAACUCUGGCUACUUCCUGGACGGAGACGGAUUUGACGACGUGGCGGUUCUGAGUCUAGCUUCCUUUGCGAGCUCAAGUCCGGAUCCAGUCAAUUGGCAAGCAGUGAACACGUAUUUGAUUGACAGGGCUGUGGCAGCGAACAAAACGAAGUUGAUCAUCGACUUGAGCGCGAACAGUGGAGGCUUGAUCUUACCCGUGUACGACAUAUUCAAGCUAUUGUUUCCCUCAAUGCUACCUUAUGGCGCUUCGCGCUUCCGAGCGCACGAAGCUUUCGACUUUGUUGGUCAGGAGGUCAGCUACUUUUCAAAACUUGUGGAGAGAAGCAUGAACAACAACGACUCGACACUCGGCAACAUAGCCAGUGAGUUUGACUAUCAUACCGACUCGGAUGUCAACUACGAGCCUUUUACAUCUUGGGCGGACAAAUAUGGCCCGCAUCCCCUGGGACCGACGGGAGAUCUCUAUACUGAUAUCGUCCGAUGGAAUUUGAGCGAUGUCCUGAAUCCUUACCACACUGGGCCAUGGGACAUUUCGGGCUACCGCAGUCGAACAAAUAUUACUACACAGCCGUUCGCCGCCGAGAAUAUCGUCGUUGUAACAGACGGCUACUGCUCAAGUGGCUGCUCGAUCUUCUCGGAGCUUAUGAGGCAGCAAGCGGGUGUGAAGUACGUUGUCCUUGGCGGGCGCCCAAACACCGAUAUCACUCAAGCAGUCGGAGGCACCAAAGGAUCCCAGUACCUCACAUAUGAGACCAUUCUCAACGAUGUCUUAUAUCCGUUCCAAACCGAGUAUGUCCACUCUCGUAAGUAUUACGAGAAGACGGUGCUUGCAAACUACAACAAUUGGGCCUAUUACCGCACCGGACUCAACAGCAUCAACUAUCGAAACGCGUAUCGGCAAGGCGACGAGACCAACACACCACUUCAAUUCAUGUAUGAACCGGCAGACUGCAGGAUCUUCUACACGCCAGAGAUGGUCGUCGAUCAGGCGGCUGUAUGGAAGACCGUGGCGGACGCAGCUUGGAACGGCGUCAAACGGUGUGUUGCCGGCAGCUUGGGCACGUCUGCUCAGUAUAAGCGAAGCCUUCGUGAAUCGAAGAAGCAUGGUGUGAGGAACGAUCUGAACCUCGCGGAGCACAUGGCGGCCGUGAGGGAUCUCUGGACUGGGAAGGGAGGUGUCAAAGUCCAAGGUGAUAGAGUCGUCCAGCGGUGA